AUGGCGACUAAGAUUUGGUGCGCGGUGCUCGUGGCGGCGGUGCUGGCGGCGGCUACGACGGCCGAGGCGGAGGAGAUCAGCAAGAAGGUGAUCGUGGCGAUGGAAGGGCUGGUGAGCUGCCAGGGCUGCGGCAGCGUGGGCACGUGGGAUCUGUCGGGGGCCCGGCCGCUGCCGGGGGCGAGGCUGGUGGUGACGUGCCGGGACCACCGGGGCCGGGUGGUGCUCUACCGGGCGGCCAAGGCGGACAAAAACGGCUACGUAUUCGCGGAACUUUUCACGACGACGAUGCGCGGCGGAUACUUCGACCCCGCGGAGGCGUGCGGCGCGCGCCUCCUGGAGUCGCCGGACCAACGUUGCAGCGCCGCCACCGACGUCAACGGAGGCCUGCAAGGGGCGCCUCUCCGAUUCCAGAACACCACCGUCCCGGGGCAGUACGCCGACAUCGACGUCUACGCGGCCGGGCCGCUGGCCUUCCGGCCGCCGCACUGCCCGCCCAAGACCUCCACGCAAUCCCAAUCGAGCGAUUAG